AUGACAAGCCGAGCCCGAACCCCAGCCCAUGGUCAGGCCCGUGGUCAGGAGACGGUACAGCAUGCUGGGGCUGCUGCGAGCCAGCAGCCUGGAUACAUCCCACCGAGACCUCAGCAGUCACCCGCAGAGGGGGACUUGGUUGGCCGAGGACGACAGAGAGGAAUGGUAGUGGGAGCCACGUCCAAAUCACAAGAACUGCAGAUCUCAGCUGGCUUUCAGGAGCUGUCAUUGGCAGAGAGAGGUGGGCGUCGCCGAGACUUCCAUGACCUUGGUGUGAACACCAGACAGAACCUUGACCAUGUCAAAGAGUCGAAGACAGGCUCCUCGGGCAUCAUCGUGAAGCUAAGCACCAACCACUUCCGGCUGACCUCACGCCCGCAGUGGGCCCUGUACCAGUACCACAUCGACUAUAAUCCCCUGAUGGAGGCCCGCAGGCUGCGCUCUGCACUGCUGUUCCAGCAUGAAGACCUUAUUGGAAGGUGUCAUGCGUUCGAUGGGACAAUACUGUUUUUACCUAAGAGACUACAGCACAAGGUCACGGAAGUUUUCAGCCAGACUCGGAAUGGGGAGCAUGUGAGGAUUACCAUCACCCUGACCAACGAGCUGCCGCCCACCUCGCCCACCUGCCUGCAAUUCUAUAACAUCAUCUUCAGAAGGCUCUUGAAAAUCAUGAAUUUGCAACAAAUUGGACGGAAUUAUUACAACCCAAGUGACCCAAUUGAUAUUCCAAAUCACAGGUUGGUGAUCUGGCCUGGCUUCACGACUUCCAUCCUUCAGUAUGAGAACAACAUCAUGCUCUGCACGGACGUCAGCCACAAGGUCCUCCGCAGUGAGACCGUUCUGGACUUCAUGUUCAACCUGUACCAGCAGACAGAGGAGCACAAGUUCCAGGAACAAGUGUCAAAGGAGCUUAUAGGUCUAAUUGUCCUCACCAAGUACAACAACAAGACUUACAGGGUGGAUGACAUUGACUGGGAUCAGAAUCCAAAGAGCACCUUCAAGAAGGCAGACGGCUCAGAGGUCAGCUUCCUGGAGUACUAUAGGAAG